AUGACCUUUUAUGUCGUCGAUCGAUGCUCGUGGAAUCCCUUCCUGCCCGGUCACGCGUUGCUCUGGGUCCCCGCUCUCGGCUGCGGCUGCGCGGCUCGCGGCUGGUCCCGGCUCUCGGUGGUCGGCUGCGGCUGCGGCGCUCGCGGCUCCAUCUUGACGACGAUCCUCGUUCGCUCCUCCGUGAGCGACGCUCGGCGUCCUUUUCUUUCUGCAGAUCCUCUUCCAUCUGUCGAAUGCGCUCUCGCUCUUCCUUUAGAGCUAGCUCUCGCUCCCUCAAGCGGCGGCUGUGGCUGCGGCUGCGACUCCUGUGUCGCACGUUCGUCUCACUGCGCCUCGAUCGGGAUCGGUCACGCCCUGGAGUCACUAAGCUCCGGUGUUUCCCAUCUUCUUGAUUCAUUAUCUGAAACUCGUCGUAUGGUAGCAUUAGUACUUCAACUAGGGAGCCACUCAAAGUUGAAAUCGAGAGCAGCGCUUCGCUCCAUCCAUUUCGCUGUUGCGCUGCGGAAAGAAGAGGAAGUGAAAGCGCCCAAUUUUCCCGACUCUGUCACCACUGGCGAUGUUAAAUAUAUAAAGAAAGAAGGCGACGCAGUGGCCAUGGACGAAGUCGUGAUGGAGAUUGAAACCGACAAGACGGCGCUUCCAGUCAUGUCCCCGGGUCACGGGAAGCUCGUGAGGUACCUGGUGAAAGAGGGGGAGGCUAUCAAGUCACAGCAGCCCUGUUUUAUAGUAGAUGUAACUGGCGUGGCGCCCGCUGCCGCCCCGGCCGCCGCCCCCGCGCCUGCUGCCGCCCCCGCCCCCGCCCCUGCCGCCGCGCCCGCCCCCGCUGCAGCGCCGGCCGCAGCCCCGGUUGUGUCCAAGGUCGCAGGCAAAGCGAAAGUAGCAGCGGGACCUACCUUAGCAGCGCAACGUCUCACAGACCCCACGAAGACGAUAUCAGGCACGCGCACCGAGCAUCCCGUGCCUAUGAAUAAGAUGCGCUUGCGCAUCGCGCAGCGGCUCAAGGAGGCGCAGAACACCACGGCCAUGCUUACUACCUUUAACGAGUGUGAUAUGAGCAAGCUCAUGGAGUACCGCAAGGCCAACCUAGCCGCGUUCACGAAGAAGUUCGGCGUGAAGCUCUCCUUCAUGUCCCCGUUCCUGAAGGCCUCCGCCAACGCGCUGCUGGACCAGCCCGUCAUCAACGCGGUCAUUGUUGACGGCAAUAUUGUUUAUAGGGAUUUCGUGGACAUCUCAGUAGCAGUGGCGACGCCGCGAGGGUUAGUGGUGCCGGUACUACGGAACGUGGAGUCCAUGGAUUACCCGAAAAUAGAGCUCACUAUAAACGGCAUCGCGGAAAAGGCGAGGAGCGGCAAACUGACCCCAGCGGACAUGCAAGGCGGCACAUUCACGAUCAGCAACGGCGGCGUGUUCGGCUCGCUGCUGUCCAUGCCCAUCAUCAACCUGCCGCAGUCCGCCAUUUUGGGCAUGCACGCCAUUUUCCAGCGGCCUGUCGCUGUCGGGAAAAAAAUCGAAAUCAGGCCCAUGAUGUACCUGGCACUGUCCUACGACCACAGACUGAUCGACGGGCGCGAAGCGGUGCUCUUCCUCCGAAAGGUCAAGUCAGGAGUUGAAGACCCAACGUCCAUCCUCGCUGGCAUGUAGCGGAAGAUCCAGCUUGGAACCAG